GAGCUGCGGGGGCCGCGGAGCUGCGGAGCUGCGGGGGCCGCGGCCGCCGCCGGCCGGGGCUGAGGCGCCGCUGCCGCUCCGGCCCCGCUCCGCUGCGGCCCCAUGAGGCGCUGGAGCGGCCAUGGGCUCGCUGGGCAGCCGCGUGCUGCGGCGCAAGGCCGGGCUCCCGCGGGGCGAGGCGGCGGCCGCGGGCAGGGGCGGCAAGAGGAAGCGCGGCGGGGCCGAGGGAGCCGGGGACAGCGACAGCGACGGCGAGGCCGAGCGGGAGGAGCGGCUCCUGCACCUCCGCGGCCGCAGGAAAAAGUUGAAAAGCACGUCGAAGUAUAUUUAUCAGACGCUGUUUUUGAAUGGGGAGAACAGUGAUAUCAAAAUUUGCGCUCUGGGAGAGGAGUGGAACUUGCACAAGAUUUAUUUGUGUCAGUCAGGCUACUUUUCCAGUAUGUUCAGUGGCUCUUGGAAAGAAUCCAGCAUGAAUGUCAUAGAGCUGGAGAUUCCUGACCAAAAUAUUGAUGUAGAAGCCCUGCAGGUGGCUUUUGGCUCUCUCUACAGAGACGAUGUGCUGAUCAACCCCAGCCGCGUGGUGGCCCUGCUGGCAGCAGCCUGCAUGCUGCAGCUGGAUGGCUUAAUCCAGCAAUGUGGUGAAACGAUGAAGGAAACCAUCACUGCCCAAACUGUGUGUGGUUAUUAUAAUUCUGCAGGGACAUAUGGGCUGGACUCCGUGAAGAAAAAGUGCCUUGAGUGGCUCUUGAACAAUCUGAUGACUCACCAGAGUGUUGGACUCUUCAAGGAACUCAGCAUAAACCUCAUGAAGCAGCUGAUCAGCUCCUCCAACCUGUUUGUGCUGCAGGUGGAGAUGGAUGUGUACACUGCUCUCAAAAAGUGGAUGUUCCUUCAGCUCGUGCCUUCUUGGAAUGGGUCUUUCAAGCAGGUGUUGAGUGAAGCUGAUGCCUGGUUUGCUGAGCGCAGGAGAGAGUCUGGGGGCGACGCUGCCUUCCUGGAGUCGGCGCAGGGCAGCGCCUUCGUGCCCGUGUUUGCACACCUGAGGCUGCAGUACAUCAUCAGUGACCUGGCCUCGGCCAGGAUCGUGGAGAGGGAUGCCCUGCUGCCCUCAGAAUGGCUGUCCUCUGUUUACAAACAGCAGUGGUUUGCCAUGCUCAGAGCAGAACAAGACAAUGAUAUUGGCCCUCAAGAAAUCAAUAAGGAGGAACUGGAAGGAAACAGCAUGAGGUGUGGUCGCAAACUGGCCAAGGAUGGUGAUUACUGCUGGCGCUGGACUGGCUUCAACUUUGGUCUGGACCUGCUGGUGACCUACACCAACCGCUACAUCAUCUUCAAGCGCAACACGCUGAACCAGCCGAGCAGCGGCUCCGUCAGCCUGCAGCCGCGCCGCAGCAUCGCCUUCAGGUUGCGGCUGGCCUCGUUCGACUGCAGCGGGAAGGUGAUUUGCAGCAGGACAACGGGGUACCAGAUCCUCACCCUGGAGAAGGACCAGGAGCAGAUCGUGAUGAAUUUGGACAGCAGACUCCUGACCUUCCCCCUCUACAUCUGCUGCAACUUCCUCUACACAUCCCCAGAGAAGAGGGCAGACAGCGAGGCACAGCUGGAACAUCUGGAAGCCUGAGAGCUCCCUGGGGGCUGUGGCAGCAGCCCUGGCCUUAGUGCUCUCCUAUGCAGCUCAGACAUUAAGCAGGCCAAAACCAGUCGUCCUUUUUAAUUUUUUUAAAAUUUUAUUUCUGUUCUGCAUCGUCAGGCAGCAGCCAUUCCGUGUUUGAGAAGUGUUGUUACACUUGGGCUUUUCUGGGUGAAAACUGAGCCAAAUUGGAAAUAGAGAAUUUGUGUGGAUGACAGCUUAGGAAAUGACCUGAGCACACAUUGUAGGUUGUGUGGGUUUUGUUAGUGUGGGUUUUGGUUGUAUUAUUUGUUGGGUUUUUAAAUAACUGAUCUGUAAAUAACAGAUCCAUAUUUUGCUUUUUUUCUGGUCCUUUUGUCUUAGGGCCAAACAAUCUCUGUAAAUGUGGCAUCUCAGCUUUGGUUAUUUAACUGCACAGCCUUUCCCACCUGAUGGGUUUAAGCUUUUUUUGCAUCUCACACACACACAUUUCCUUCUUGGUCUUGUUCUAACGCUGCAGCCAAUAAUUCUCUGUCUUUUAGCAGGUUAAUUUACUAAUGAGGAUAUUCAUCAAUGAAUUAUUUUUCCAUGUACAGCAAGUACUCCAAUGUCCUCACCAGUACUUGCUGCUGUCAGCAGCAGCUCUCAGCUGGAGUUCUGCUGAGUGCUGACUCUACUCACACAAACCAAAUACCAGUUUUUAAACAUUUUCUGUGGCUUCUUUUAGCUGUUACCUUGGGAAUACAUCCCAUGUUAGCUCAGGAACUUGUGACUUUCCAGUGCCUUUUGAGUUGUAUGUGUAACACCAACUUCACAUCAGUUCAGCAAGGUCACAGGAUCCAAAGGCAGAGCUGGGAACAAGAGAUUCCUCUCCACUUGCUGUGAUGGAUGAGUCGUGUCAUGGUACACUCUCUUCAGUCUUUGUUGGGUUUUAUGUUUGUCUCUUACAAUUUUCAAUUCUUACAGCAGGAUUUUUUGAUUCAAACUGGGAAUUUUUCCCUCAUUAGCCUAUUUUUUUAAUGUCAGAAAAAUAUAAAACCAUUUGUACUUUAUAACAAGGGUAAAAAAUGUGUUGGGCGAGAUAGAAAAACGUGGCAACGUGUCAGUAAAUGAUUUCAAGUGGAA